GAACACAUUCACACUAGUAGUUUGAGUUUGACACGACUCAUUGGCAUUUUUUCGCUCGCUUGUAAAAAGCGGUUUUUGGAGGUAAAAUGUCGGAGGCCUUGUUGCAAUGGUGCGUGGACCAAUUACACCACAAGUUUGGCUUGGAGGCGUGUGAAGACAUCGUUCAGUACAUUUUAUCCAUUGAAAAAGCCGAAGAGAUUGAGGAAUACGUGGGUGACCUCCUGCAAGGCACUGAUGGCAGAAAAGGGCUGUUUAUAGAUGAGCUCCUUAAAAGAUGGAAGAAGAUUCAAAGACAGAGCUCGGACACAACGAGUCUUUUCCUUCUCAAGGAGUCUGUAUCAUCAACAGAUACACAGGAUCUAACCAAAGAUACCCAGAAGAAAUCCAAACGUAAAGGGCGAAACAGACAGGAGCCUCUGACUGUGAACCCGACAGAACCCGAGCCCGAGGCAGUCAAAACCCCCAUCGAUCUGAUGAGGGCCCAAGAAAACAGCAACGCCUCUUCAUCAAAGAAGAAGAAUAAGUUUGUCAAUCUCUAUGCUAAAGAGGGCCAGGACAGACUGGCUGUUUUGCUCCCAGGUCGACACCCUUGCGAGUGCCUUGCCCAAAAGCACAAGCUGAUCAACAACUGCAUCAGCUGCGGGCGCAUUGUGUGCGAGCAGGAGGGCUCCGGGCCCUGCCUCUUCUGCGGAAGCCUGGUUUGCACAAGCGAGGAGCAGGAGGUUCUUCAGCGAGACUCCAACAAAAGCCAGAAGCUCCGAAAAAAGCUUAUGGCAGAUUGUGGAGAACGAGAGCUCCUCCCGCACCAAGAGGCCAAAAUCAAGUCCGGGUUGGAAAAAGCAGUUCAGCACAAAGAGAAGCUGCUGGAAUACGACAGGAACAGUGUGAGGAGAACUCAGGUCCUGGAUGAUGAAUCGGACUACUUUGCCACUGAGUCCAAUCAGUGGCUGUCCCCCGGCGAGAGGGAGAAACUGAGGAAGAAGGAGGAGGAGCUGAGAGAGCUGCGCCACGCCUCCCGCAAGGACCGGAAGAUCACGCUGGACUUCGCUGGCAGACAAGUGAUCGACGAGGGAAACAACCUGAACGAGUACUACAGCAACGAGAGGCAGAAGAGGCCCGGGUCCCAGAUCAAAGGCGUGGGCGAGCAGAAGGGAGAGGAAGAGCGCCACAGGCUCAGACUUCAGGACAAGGAGCUGCAGGAGAUGUCCGACGGCGGCUGGUGCCUCAGCAUGCAUCAGCCGUGGGCCUCCCUGCUGACCAGAGGCAUCAAACGGGUGGAGGGGCGGAGCUGGUACUCGUCGCACCGCGGGCGGCUCUGGAUCGCCGCCGCCGCCAAGAAGCCGACGCCUCAGGAGGUGGCCGAGGUGGAGGCCAUGUACCGGCACAUCUACAAGAGAGAGCCCAGGUUCCCUAAAGACUAUCCCACUGGCUGCCUGUUGGGCUGCGUCAACAUGACCGACUGCCUCUCUCAGGAGCAGUUUAGAGAGCAGGUCAGUGACAUCAUUUAUGGGGUAUUUGUCUGGUAGGUGCUUAAAAACUCUGUGUGAUUCACCAAACACAUGUCUCGUGAACUGUACGUGUCACUGAGAUGACCAUAUUUAGGUUAAUGCAGUGUUGUUCCUCACCAG